UGUGCAGGGAAGAGGACUCGGAGGUUGCACCGGGGCGGAGCGGGAGUGGACUCGGGACAGUGAGGCGGCGCUGGGGUCAGGAGCGCUGCCUGCCGCAGUCAUGGAGCCGAGCGCGGACCUGGCCUUGCUGAUUGCUGUGGUUGUCAUUGCCGCGACAGCCGUGCUGUUAGUUUUCAAGGCUAGGAAAUCCCAGAGGAAGAGUGAUCCCAUUACAUUACAGGAUCCACACACUAAGUAUCCAUUGCCAUUGAUAAAGAAAGAGGAGAUCAGCCACGAUACCAAGAAAUUCAGGUUUGGGCUUCCGUCGCCGGAUCAUGUAUUAGGGCUACCUAUAGGCCAGCAUGUUUACCUCUCUUCCAAAAUCAAUGGUAAUCUUGUCAUCCGGGCCUACACUCCAGUUUCCAGUGACGAAGUAAAAGGUUAUGUUGACUUAAUUAUAAAGGUCUACUACAACAAUGUCAAUCCCAAAUUCCCUGAAGGCGGGAAGAUGUCCCAGUACUUAAACAGCAUGACUGUUGGGGAUACCAUUGACUUCAGAGGGCCAAACGGGCUCCUUGUGUACAAGGGGACAGGUAACUUUGCUAUCAAGCCUGACAAGAAGUCUGAAGCACACAGAAAGUUUGUAAAGCAUCUUGGGAUGAUAGCUGGAGGAACAGGAAUAACACCGAUGUUGCAGCUGAUCCGUCACAUCACAAAGGAUCCUAAUGAUAAUACAAAGUGUUACCUCCUUUUUGCUAAUCAGACUGAAAAAGACAUAUUACUGAGAGCAGAGCUAGAAGAGGUAGCCAAGAAUCACCCUGAUCAAUUUAAAGUGCGGUAUACAUUGGACAGACCUCCUCACGAUUGGAAGUAUAGCUCUGGCUUCAUUACUGCAGAUAUGAUUAAAGCAUACCUCCCUCCCCCAGGCAGAGAGACUCUUAUUCUGAUGUGUGGGCCUCCACCUAUGAUUCAGUUUGCGUGUCAGCCCAAUCUGGAAAAACUUGGUUAUCCCAAAGAUAACACAUUCGCUUAUUGACACUGAUGCAAUGCAGUGCGUCUCAUUCACAUGCAGAAAUAAUCCAUUUGCUACAGCACUUUUAGAACAAUUCUCAAACUGAAGAUGGGAUUGUGGGAUUUCCUGCUGUGAGCAAAUUUCUCAUUGCAGAGAGAGCAGAGUAAGGAUCCGCAUGCUCUC